AUGAAUGCUUUUUCCUCUGCACCCGCUGCAGCAGCAGCCAGGCGCGUAGCGCUCUCGUUUUCUGCUCCACGCCACACAAAUGUCUUUUCUCAACCGCGCUUCGCCGUGCGCCCCUUCCCGUCGCGACGCCUCGUGGGAGAGCUUCCGGCGGAGAGAGCACGCAAUGUCGCUGACGCGCACAAGUUGAAGUGUAACAAAGGAAAUGGUCGCGGCCAAUCAGGGAAGGCAGAGCAAAAUACGGAAAGUGGAGGGAGCAGGGGUUUCCGUGCUGCGGUUGGCGGGGGUGCAGGAUGCAUGCUGGCGGCAUCCCCGAUGCUGUUUACAGACUACGACAAGACUGCAUCUCCCAAGAGCGAGUUGAUCUUCAUGGCCGGCAACGCACUCGGCUACUGCACUGAGCGCUUCUUCGAGAACGAGUACGGUCAGAGUAUCUUCAUGUUCGCUCUUGGUUUGGCUUACCUUGCCAUGCUUGGCCACGAGGGGAAAAUCCACGGGGCUGUCUGGCGGAUGAAGCAUCUCUUCGCAACCAACUUCAGGAUGGUUGGCCAUCCCCGAUAUGCCUAUGCACUCCCAAAAAAUCCGCUUCUUCAAGAAACUUCCACAGCCAAGACAGGAUCUGCCCCUGCCAAAAAAUGA